AUGCGCCUCGAUUACUACAACCGACGCGUGGCCCGUGUACCCGUCACCUCGGUGUUGAGCGCCAGGACUUGCAAUUGCAACCCCAUGAUACCACAACUAGCUUCUGGUGUCAGCUCGAUGAUAUGAUAGUGCUGAGAUAGGAAACACCAGUACUCACCUAGCUUCUGGUGUCAGCUCUCUCAGCUCUUCGUCGAGCUGACAUUUGGCGUGACAGUCGUUCCGCUUUCUUCCGCGAAGAGUCGGAUUUCGGAAGCUUCAGCGCGGCCAAGUCGGAUCAAGGUUUCAGGCCAAUGGGGCUGCGAAGUCGCCGAGUUGCGGUUGACGGCCGCCCCCAAACACGUUCAGCAACUCGCAACACGUCGAAGACAUCGUACGCCAAGCCAGAACACAAGCAACAGAGCUUCGAGCAUUACCCGAUCUUGACACCCAUCUCAGAAGCCUCCAUCGAACUUGACGAGCCGCUCGUGAGUCGGCUAGCUGGAUCAUGACAACACCUCUGCUGCUGAGGCUGGCGACCAUCUCGCGGCCAUGUCGCCGGGUGCGGUGCCGGCCCCACCUUCAUCCUCUACCUUCGCAAUGCAGAGGUGUUGUCAUGAUCCGCAGCUAGCCGACCCGCGAGCGGCUCGUCAAGUUCAAUGGAGGCUUCUGAUAUGGGUGUCAAGAUUGGGUGAUGCUUGCGUGCUGGUUUGGCGUACGGUGCCUUCGACGUGUUGCGAGUUGCUGAACGUGUCUGGGGGCGGCUUAAGCUCAACUAAGCCCUCCCUCUGGCAGGGGCUUACGAGUUUUCGGCGCGCUAUCAAUCCGACAACCGACCUUCCUGCCGGCCGAUCCGUUCUCGGUCACUGGAGGCUACCGAGACUCACGAGGACCGACAGGAUUCCAGCGAACUACGCAAGAAGGCCAAAGUUAUUCUGGGCGAAAGUCUUGACAAGGACUCUACCGCCCGGCCUGUGCAGAUCGAGGCCAUUGCUGCACUUUUCGAGCUCGAGCAAUUUGGGAACCGGGAUCGAUAUGACGCUGUGACAACAGGUUCAGGCAAAAGUGUUCUUUUCGAAGCAAUGCAUCUCAUUUAUGUACGCGGGGCCGUCACCAUUGUUGUCAGUCCACUGAAUGCACUGAGCAAUCAUCAGGUGAGUUUUUCUGCCGACUGGCUUUGCUGGACCGACAUCCGUGCUGAUUUCCGCAGUCACAUGCUUCUUUCAGGCUGUCAAUCUCAAUCGAAAGGGAAAGAACGCAAUCGAAAGGGAAAGAACGCAAUCGAAAGGGAAAGAACGUGAUUGUCGUAUCUGAGGAGACCUGGAGAGACGGCGAGCUGUACAGGCAGUUGGACGACCCCAAUCACAAGAUCCCCUUCAUUCUGAUCGUAUAUGCCGGUUGA